AUGCAUUGUCAAGAUUGCUAUCACAAUUCAAAAGAAAACGGUGGAACACACGAUGAAAAAAGAUAUCUUCGUAAGAGAAAAAUUGAACCAACGUCCGAUGUUUCACCCUAUCAUCGUUUGUUAUCUUCGAACAAGACAACAACGUUACCAGAUUCAAGUAUGAUGGCUAAAUUGGAUUCCAGGCCAGAUCUUCAAGAGAAAGUCAUGGAACUCUAUCAUCGUGAUCUUGUUAAUCCACAUGGUGCCAAAAUAAUAGGCGGUCUUCUCAGUGGUGGUGUUGAUACGUCGUUUAUUCCACUGAUUCUCUGUCAAUUCUUUCAUAUUGAAGUGCAGAGCCUUACACUAAACUUUGGAGGAAUUCACAGUGAUGGAGUUGCUGAUGAUGCACGUGACAUUCGUCAAAACUUGUCUAUGUUUGGUAUAUCCAAUCCAAAGUUUAAAGACAUGCGCGUAGAACUCGGCGAAUACUUUAUUCCAUUGCUCAUGGGUGAUGUUAUAGUGCCAGGAUCACCGGGUAUUUUCCCGAACUCAUCGUUAAGUCGUAUUCUCAUGGUCAAGGCUUUAGCACAAGAGCUACCUGAAGCCCAGGUCUAUCUUACAGGAUCAGCAAAGAAUCAGAAUAAUAAUCUACGAUUCAUGACAGCUGCUUACGAAUAUCUUGGCAAUAAACCACUAUGGUCACCUACAUUUACAUGGGAAGAAAUAUUCAAACGACAAGAUUGCCUCGAUGUUAUUCGACUAUGUACCGGUCAUGAUUUAUCAAGUCGAUCUGGAAAAGAUGAUCCGUGUACAAGUGGUGACGAAACAUUUCUCAAGAAGGAAGAAGAAGAUGGUAAUAGAAGUUGUCUAGAUUACGACUUUCCUGUUCAUAUUCCAUUGAUGCUGUCGCCUCGAAAAGUACAGCUGAGUUUCGUAGAAGGACGACCGGUGGCUAUUGAUGAGCAACGAUUGGAUUUUGUUAAACUCGUCGGAGAAUUAAACAAGAUCGGUGUGGAAUAUGGUCUUCCCUGGAAAGCGUCUGUUGAAUCGCGUCCAACUGGCAAAGGCGAAAUUGAAUGGAAUCUCACGCCCGGUGUUGAUGCAUUGCGAGAAGCAAUGUCUCGAUUGCGCGCUGCAUGUGUACCGCCUCGAAUGCAUCAAGAGCUAUUUCGGUUCAAUGCUCAAUUGGCCGAAGACAUACUUCGGGGUGGAUUACACAAUCCAACAACAGUAGCCUAUUUCAAUGUUAUUCAAGAGCUAUGUAUUAAUAUUACUGGAUCAGUUGAACUAACAUUCUAUCCAGGCUUUGUUCGUGCUAGUCGGCCGAAACCUGAGAGACCGAUAACAGUCGCUGAAGCCACAUGUGGACAUUUGCCACAACCAGAUAAUGCUUUGGAUUCAGUAAAUGCUCUAAUUGCACAUAAUGUUGUUGGGCAAGCUUUCCGCAGGAAGAAACAAAGCCGAGACAAUGAUAACCAGUCAUCUGCAAAAUAUGCGAAGAUAAUCUGA